AUGGACGGCUUGAUCCAAGCUGCACUAGCAGGCCACGGUCACGGCCUGCAUAAGCACCUAUGGAAAGAAGCACUCCAGGAAUCCAGCCUGCGCUACGGCCAGAAAGUGGUGUCCAUUGACAAGGACGCUAAGGUGCUAACGCUGGAGAACGGGCACCAGUACCAGUACGACGCGCUGGUGUCCACCACUCCGCUGGACCUGACGCUGACAUGGCUGGGCAAGGAGGAGUGGGCCAAGGGGUUGCAGCACAGCUCCUCUCACAUCAUCGGCAUUGGCAUCCGUGGGGAGUGCCCGCAUGGAACCAAGUGCUGGCUGUACUUCCCGGAGAGCAACUGCCCGUUCUACCGGUGCACGGUGUUCUCCAACUACGCGAAGUUGAACUGCCCGGCGGACGACGCAAAGCUGCCGACCCUGUGCCUGGGCGACGGCAGCGCGCCAGCCAGCAGCGAUCCUAAGGAGGGCCCCUACUGGUCGCUGAUGUUUGAGGUUAGCGAAUCCAGCUACAAGCCGGUCAACCAGGAGCCGGUCACACUGGGCGGCACUGCGGGCACUUGGUCCGACGUCGUCCGUGACACGCUUAUCGGCGCUAUCAACACCCAGCUCAUGAAGCCAGGUGACGAGGUAGUGUCGCUGUACCACCGCCGAAUCGAGCACGGCUAUCCCACCCCGUCUUUGGGCCGCGACGAGGUGCUAGAGAAGGCGCUGCCCUGGUUGCAGCAGUUCGGGAUCUGGAGCCGCGGCCGCUUUGGCAGCUACAAGUACGAAGUAGCCAACCAGGACCACAGCCUGAUGUUGGGUGUGGAGUGCGUUGACAACAUCCUGUACGGCACAAAGGAGCUCACACUUGCGUACCCGGACAUUGUGAACGCCAAGAAGAACAGCGAGUUGCUGUACCUCAGGAACAUGCAGCUGCAUGCAGCUCCGGAUCUCCCAAAUGUCCGACAGGAGCCCGGCCCCUUCUGUCACCGCGCCCUGCUUACCUUUGAGCGGAAAAAGGUGCCGUACACCCUGGAUUACAUCGACUUCGCCAAUAAGCCUUCAUGGCUCCAAGACGUCAGCGGCGGCAAGGUGCCCGUUAUCAAGGAGGACGGCCAGCCAUACAUGCCGGACAGUGACGUCAUUGUCGUACAUCUAGAGGAGAAGUAUCCGGAGCCCUCCAUGAAGUCCUCCGUGCCGCCUGAGAUCGGCGCCAAGCUCUUCCCCGCCUUCCGCGGUGUGCUAAUGGGCCCGCCGGAGGAGCUGGCUGACAAGCAGGCGCUGCUGAUUUCGGAGCUGAAGGCAAUGAAUGACUACCUAGAGGCCCACCAGGCUGAGGGUCCCCUCUUUGGAGGUCAUCAAAUCAACGCCACGGACGCGGCAGUGGCUCCCAAGCUGUACCACGCCGUUGUGGCCCUCAAGCACUUCAAGGGCUGGGAGCUGCCCCCGGAGUUCGCCGCCGUUAGGAGGUACAUGGCGGCCAUUCAGCAGCUGCCCGAGUGGAAGAAAACCGACUACGGGGAAGCCAUGAUCAUCAAGGGAUGGGAGCGCCACAUGGCGCACCAUUGA